CUCUAUCUCUCUCUCUCUCUCUCUCUCCCUCUCUCUCUCUCUCUCCUCCUAAAACUCUAAUAACCAUCCCACUUCCUCAUCCCCAACCUAACCCUAACCCUAACCCUAACCCUCCACGCUUUUGCGAUCGUCGUACCUUCCCCCAUCCUUCGCCUCCUCGGCGUCGUAAUCAAUGAUGGAGGUCACCGAGGAGCAGCGGCGGAGGGCGGAGGCGAACCGCCUCGCGGCCCUGGAGAAGCGGAAGCGCACGGCGGAGCUCGGCGAGGCCGAGGCGUGGAGGCUCUCCAAAUGCCGGAGCAUCUCUGCAUCCGCAUCGUCGCAAUCCGCCCCGCCGCCGCCGCCGCCACCGCCGCCACCGACGCCGAGUCCUCGGUUCCGCGCCGUCCUCGAGAUCUGCUCUUCGGACGAGUUCUCCGUAUCUCCGGAACCGUUGGAGGGCGCGCCAUUUCCCGGAGAAAGCGAGUGCCUUCGGAUCAUCGAGAAUUGCCUCUUAUCGGUUGUACCGUUUUCCCUGAUGCAAAGUCAGACUGGUCGGCUGUCUUCCAUCUUUAAGCUUUCGGAUUACGACUCGGUCUUGAAAUGCCUAAAGAAGGUCCCCUGCAUUCAAUCGCAAGACAUACCGUACACUACACGCGUGGUCGUUCACAAGUUCUCGCAAGUUGUUGGUGAUCACUGGGCCCCUUUGAUGGAGGGCCAUUAUUCUGAGGAACAAGUUGACGAGCUCCUAGGGAAGCUACCUAAGUCGUUGAGAGAUGCCCUUCUCCCGUUUCAACUCGAAGGCAUAAAGUUUGGCCUGCGGAGGGGCGGGCGCUGCCUUAUUGCAGACGAGAUGGGACUUGGAAAGACUCUUCAGGCAAUUGCUAUAGCAUGUUGCUUCCAGGAUGAAGGUCCUAUAUUAGUCGUCUGUCCAGCUGUUUUGCGAUAUUCAUGGGCAGAGGAGUUGGAGCAUUGGCUUCCUACCUUUCUACCGAAGGAUAUCCAUUUAGUAUUUGGCCGCCAAAAUAGUCUUGACUAUCUGGAAGCUUGUCCGAAGGUGGUAGUUGUUUCGUACAGGAUGUUGAAUCGCCUUAGGAAAAGUAUGAUUGGAAGGAAAUGGGCACUUAUGAUAAUUGAUGAGUCACAUAACAUACGUUGCACGAAGAAGAAAUCUGAAAAAGAUGAGACAAGAGUCAUACUCGAACUGGCUGCAAAUGUCAAGCACAUCAUUAUGCUCUCUGGAACACCUUCCUUGUCUAGGCCCUAUGACAUUUUUCAUCAAAUAAAUGUGUUAUGGCCUCGGUUGCUCGGAAAUGAUAAGUAUGAGUUUGCAAAGAAUUAUUGCUUGAUGAAACUUUCUCAUGGCUGUAAUGGGAAACUUUAUCAGGAUUUUUCAAAAGGCACUCGGUUGGCAGAAUUAAAUGUGCUGCUUAGGCAAACCCUUAUGAUAAGACGCUUAAAGGGGCAAGUGCUGUCUCAACUACCUCCUAAGCGUCGGCAAAUUAUACGAUUGAAAUUGAAGGCGGCAGAUAUACACAUAGCAACUGCUUCAUGUAGGGUUACUAGGGGGACAGUUACGGAUACCAAUAAAAAGAAUGAUAAUUCAGUGAAUUGUUUCCCUCACGAACAUAGUGAUGGCGGAAGCGAGAGAGGAGAGCAAGAUGACAAUUUUGAUGAUGGCUGCAAGAAAACUCCAAGGAAACUCUCUCCUCAAGAAGUUGGUAUUGCAAAAUUAUCUGGUUUUGGUGAGUGGUUUUCCAACCAUUGUCCAAUUAGAGAAACAGAUGACGACACUAGCUCAGACGUGGGAUCUGGCUUUCAGAAAACAAUAAUAUUUGCUCAUCAUUUAAAGGUUCUAGAUGGAAUACAGGCAUUUGUCUCUGAGAAUGGUGUCAAAUUUGUCCGCAUUGAUGGCAGCACUCUUCCUAAGGAGAGGAAAGAAGCAGUCGAUGCUUUUCAUUUUUCAGCUGAGGUCAAGAUUGCAAUAAUUGGAAUAACUGCUGGGGGUUGUGGUCUAGACUUGUCAUCUGCUCGAAAUGUUGUAUUCUUGGAGCUGCCCAAAACAGCUUCAGAGAUGGUGCAGGCUGAGGAUAGAGCUCAUAGGCGUGGACAAACCAAUGCAGUCAACAUAUAUAUCUUUUGUGCAAAGGGUACGUAUGAUGAAUCACAUUGGUUGAAAUUAAACGAGAGUCUCUUUCGUGUCUCAUCUGUGAUGAAUGGAAAACAGGACGCUAUAAGAGAGAUAGAGGUUGACAGAGUUCUCCAACUAGAAAAUAGUGGCAAUCCUGAUCCAGAAAGCACAUGUAUGGUCCCCACAGUCAAGCAGGAAUCACUUGGAUCGCAAGGUGAAAUUUCAGAAGAACUAGUAAAUACUGCUGCAGAGUGCGUCGGAGAUGAUGCAGAUUUCAUCAUUCAUACUGUUCCUCUCAAGUUUGAGGAUGACAAAUUUCAUGCCAUGGAUAUUCAAGAGGAUGCUUCGUCACAUGAAAAUCAGGAUUGCGAUGAUUUUGAAACUUCACAAUCUGAACAAUCUGGUAUUUCAAGUUGCAAAGCUAAAAGGGGAGACAGGAAGUUAGAUUUGUCAGGAAAUGGACACUCCGAGGUUAGUAGGAAGGAUUCUGUAGAUAAUGGAGCUCAUGGAGGUGGCAAGGCUAUUGUAAAUAGUUCUAUUCAAGUGGAAUUCCUCCGUUUUGAGGUGAGCCAACACACUCGACGCAUUCACUUGUAUCUUUGCAUUCCGGGAGAGGAUUCGAGACCUAGGCCACUUUUUAAAAAUUUCCGGCCUGAAGAACUAGAAGAAGUUAUAUGCUCUUCCGGUGAUAGGGAAAAGGAAACAACCUCUCUGUUCCUGAAGGAAAACCCUGCAUUUUCUUCUGCCUUGAAGGCUUUCACUAAAGAGUGGAAUUCAUUAAGACCCAUUGAUCAGAACAAACUCCAUGGGAAGCCGUUGCAACUUCCUCUGGGCCUUGAAUUACUCUACUUGAAAGAUAGUAUUAACCAUAACUGUGGAGGAUUGUUGAAAGGUGGGAGCAAGAGACGUGUUACGCCGUUAAGUGAUAUUAGCCAUCCUCUACCAGAAAAUGCUGAGUGGAAGAAGGUUACCUUACAAAGUGGUACUUCGAAGGAGAAGGAAUUCUCUCAGGCUUGGACAGUUAACAAUGAGCCUCUUUGCAAACUCUGCCAAGGACCUUGCAAUGGAAAGCUUGCAAAGUCACCUGAAUAUUUUGAGGAUCUGUUCUGUAAUCUGAGCUGCUUUCAAGAAUAUCGAAUAAGAACAAGUCAAAGAGCCCUUCGUCAGGCACUUUUUCAAAUAGAAUGUGGCAUAUGCACUCAGUGCAAGCUGGAUUGUUGCAAACUUGUCAAAUGCAUAAGGCCUUUAUCCAUUCAAAAGCGGAAAGAGUACAUUGCUAAAGUUGCUCCAAAACUGGCAAGCAGAAAGAGGCUGCUUGAUAAAAUAGUCCAUGAACCAACUGAAGGAAAUGCUUGGCAUGCAGACCACAUGAUACCAGUCUACAAAGGUGGAGGGGAAUGCAAGCUCGAAAACAUGAGGACCCUUUGUGUGGCUUGUCACUACGAGGUUACCAAGGCUCAGCGUGAUGAAAGACGCUUGAUAAGGGUGAGGGCGAAAGAACUACUUAAGAGCACCAUGAAGGAGCUCAAAGAUGGAAGCAAAGAGAGAGACUCAGGGAAAGAGGAACUCGCUGAUGAUCCUUUGCUGGUUAUGGUUCCUGGAAGCGCUUACUCCAGAGAAGAAACUGAGGUUUCCGACAAAUGUGAUACAAGAGUUCUUCCAAUGGAUGAAUAGUAAAUUUCGUCAUGCAUUGCAAGGGUGGUACUCUUUGUUGAUAAUUAUGGGGCAUCGGCCGCUCUACAGUUUUUGUCAUGCGCCCUGUCUAUGUUGUAUCAAAAUUUUUGGGGCUAACUACAUUAUGUCCUUGUAUGGAUACCAGUCAAUGCAACAAAUACUAAUCAAAGUGGUUGGUGUUUUGUUUAGAGGCUGGAACAUGUCCCUUGCAGAUACAACAUUUGAUGCAACCACCAUAAUGUGAAAAUGGAGCUUUUUCUUAUUAAGAAUGUGAAAAAAUGGCUUUGUGCUAGAAAUUGUUUGUUUAUAUAUGCUUUUAGUUGAUGUGACAUAUUGCACUGCUUUGUUUAAUGAUAUCGCGGCAUUUACGCUC